AUGGGGCUCGACAGUCGCUUUCUGAAAUUUCAGGUCAAUCCGAAGCCUCUUGCUUACCAGACGCCGACCUUUCCGUCUCUGUACUGGCCCUUUCCUGUGAACGGACCGCAGGUCGUCUAUCUCUACGAUGCCGAACCCAUGUGGCGAUUCACCCUGUACUGGACGCUGGUCUGUGUUGGAGGAGUGCACUUGAUUGCUGCGGCAUAUGGCUGCGUUAUACAAUGGCGGAACUGGAAGCUCAUCUGGAUCCUUCCUCUCGUAUAUGCGAUAAUUGGCACAACCGAAGGACUGAUCGCUGGAAAUGUCGUGGGGGCACUUAUAGGCGCUGUCUACACCGCCGGCUUCUUUCGAAUGUCUACCUGGAUACCUUUAUCCUGGGGAAUAAUUAAUGCUUUGGUCCUGAUAUUGUCCUCGUUCGCAAUUCAAGGAGGUCUUUGA